AUGUCCACCCCGAAUGAUCUCCAGGCUCUCCUGGCGAGUAUCAGGCCGCGUCCGUCGCCAAACAGCUCGGCCGAUCAGGAUGCUCCUACCGCGUCCUACCCCCCGCAAUAUCCAUUUCAUCUUCAGCAGCAACAGCAGCAGCCGCCUUACGAUGGACAGGCUUUCCCUUAUCAUAUGCGUCAGCAAGCGGCUGGUGGCUAUCGUCACCCGUCUGUCACGUCUAUCCAUAGUCCAUCGCCUUUGAGUAACACGCCGCCGCAUCGCGGCUCGGACGUUCUUAGUCCCAAUGUGCCUACUCCUCAAGAACACCCCCAGCCUCAGCAUCCCGAUCGUGCGGUGAAUCUGUUGAGCCUGCUCAAGUCAAAUUCGGGUGUGCCUGCUGCUCCUGCGGCUGCUUCUGUCCAGCAAACCCAGUCGCCAUCGCCUGCGUUGUUGUCGCCCCAGGGCCAGGAAACUGGUUUCGGCGACGGAGCUGCCAAACCUUCCCACGCGAGGGAAAUCUCUGCGUCGGAUUUGGUUGCUUCGCUUUUUGGUGGUGGCAGACAGGGCCCUGCUGGUGUUGCUGCUCCGGCUGCGGCGCAACCCGUCAUGCAGCAGCCUGGAUCGAGUGAAGGUGCAGCGGAGAGUUCCUCGUCCGCUGCCCCGAACCCCGAGAAGGAAAUGCUGCUUCGUUUGCUCAACCGUUCCAAGCCGGACGUGAACGAAGGACCGGCGAGAUCGACGUCUCAGUCUCCGGCUUCCGUCUCGCCUGCGAAGUCGCCCAACCCUGAGCAACCACUCAUGAGCGGUGCCCGCCCGGUGGAGGAGGUUUUGUCUGGGAAACCGGACACCGUUCCUUUCCCGCAGCAGGCACCCAAGGUCGCUACACCCAAGGACUCCCUGUUCACCUAUGUGAACCCCUUUGAGCAAUUGGCAGCGGCGUCUCCGCGUAACCGGACCCCGCAUCCCAAGUCUCGCAGCGCCAGCCCGGCCGUGGAAUUCUUGAAGAACCGGAAGCCGAACUUUGCUGCGAGAGUGGAGCCUCCCGUGGACCUUCCCAACCCGGUAGAAACUCCCCAGUCCGAUGAACGCGCCGAGUCCCCAAUUCUUGCGGAAGAACAGAAGGAGGCGAUCUCCCAGGUGGUUGGCAAGAUGGUGGAUGAGAUUGGUCGCGAAAUUGAUGGUUUCAAGUCCGUUGAGGAGAAGAAAACCUCAGCGCCUCCGGUUACCGUUGCCCAACAAGAAAGCACCCAGGAGGUGCUCUCUUCCAUUGCUACCAAUCCUCGAGAAACUGCUGCCGAGGCAAAGCAGGAGGCGGUCGAUGAAACAGCAAAGGAACCCGUCAAGGAGAUCGUUACUACUACCACGACCACCGCUACGCCAGCUGCGAAGGGAACGACGGAGAAUAAGGAGGUUAAUGACACGCUUCCGGAUAACUGGGAGUCUAGUGCCGAGGACGGUGUCGUGAAGGAGGAAGAGCGUGUGGUCCAAGUCCACAACUUCCCCCUCAAACCCUUCAUUUCGAUCGUCGUGAAGGCAUACACUGGAAAGCUUGCAACCCUUCGCGAUGACGGUAUCAUGGACAUUGCUCGGUUGAAGAAGGAGUUUGACCAGCUUGACCGCUCGUUGACUUCGGCUUCUUCCGACUACAUCGUCUAUGCAUUGGCAAAGAAUGGUGGAAUGAGAAUCAUUCGCCAGGAUGACGGCAGCGACAAGCAGGUGUUUCGCUCCACUCGCGAUCGUGUGUUCAACGUCGCAUUGUCCGCUUCCCAGAGCGUCGGUGGUACCUCGGAAGAGCAGGCGAUUCUGGGCAUCGGCGUCAGUGGAACCGUCUAUUGGGCGUUGAUCUCUCGUCCUGAGAAGGACUUGUUUGAGCUGGAUGCAUUAGAGAGUGAGAGUCUUGUCUUCCCUCCGUUCCCUGCCUCGGACGAGAACACUUCUGGCGGCCAGCUGAAAACGCGGGCCAAACGAAGCUCUCGUCACCCCGGUUUCUUCGCAAUCGGCCGAGGCAAGAACAUCUACGUGAUAUCGCCCCAUGCUGCGAUGGACCCUACCUACGGUAUAACGGGUUCCCAGCGUACCGUUAACACUGAAAAGUUCUUCAAGGAACGUGCCCUCAAGAUCUCGACCGGGAAGGCUGGCAAGGACUUCAUGUUCAGUGAUGAUGACACAGUCAUCGCUUCCCUCGACAAAACUGGCCGACUCCGCUUCUGGGACAUCCGGGACGUGAUCAACAACCCAGAUUUCUUCACUGGUGGUCCUACUCCAGCUGAAGUUCGUGUUCCGUUGAGCACCUUCGUUACCGGCUCUCCUACCGAGAAAUCAUGGCCGACUUCCGUCUUAUUCGUUGACAAACUGCGCCCCUACGUGAAGUCCAUUGCGCUCCGUUACGCUCUGGUCGGGUUGAAGCAGAACCACACCUUGCAGCUCUGGGAUAUUGGGGUUGGCAGGGCUGUGCAGGAGUUGAAGUUCCCGCAUGAGAACGAGUCGGACGCCAUCUGCAGCGUCGCAUACCACCCCAGUUCUGGAAUCAUCGUCGUUGGACACCCUACUCGCAAUUCGAUUUACUUCAUUCAUCUAUCUGCGCCGCGAUACGCGUUGCAGCCCAUGUCGCAGGCGUCUUACAUCAAGCGGGCGAGUGAGAGGGACAGCAGCCUGCCUAAGCCCGACUCGACUGCAUGCAUGAGUGGAAUUCGCGAGAUUUCGUUUGCCUCUAAAGGUCAGCUACGCAGUCUCGAUCUUCUUCCCAUGAACAAGAAUGCUGCCGAUGAUAGCGCCCUAUUCGAGCUCUACGUUAUGCAUUCGCGCGGUGUGACAUGCUUGAACAUUAAGAAGGAGGACCUGGGAUGGGGCCCUGACAACAAGAUUGUGCACCCUGUCAACGCACUUGCGGAGGGCUUUAUUGAGACCCACCCUCUGGAGACCUUCCCCAUCUCUGUUACGGAUGAGCCUUCGGUCAAUGGCGACUCUACGUCUACACCUACGAAGGUGGCGCCAAAGGAGAUCGUUAAGAAGACUCCUGAGGCUGCUGCUGAGGGACCAUCGCGCGUCCAGUCGCCAACCAAGCCAGCGUUGAAGAAGAAGACACCGGAGGAGCCAGUUGAGCCAGCGGUCUCUACGACGACCAACGGCGCCGAAAAGCCAGAAAAGAAGAAAAAGAAGAAGACCGCCGUGACAACUGCGGCCACCGGUGAAGGAACAGCGAGAGUGAAGGAUGCCGCCACAGUUCCAUUCACUGAAGGUGCGCCCACCGAGACGCGCACUGUUCCGUCCGGACAAGAACCCCCGCCAUCUUACUCCGCAACCACCUUACCUUCUCUUGGAGCUUCUGGUGUUAGUGGCUCUACCGAUUUUUGGAAUAAAAACAUGGAAAUGCUGCAGAGCGGCGUGUCCAGCGUGUUCAACCAGAGCCUCGGUCGCGAGAUCGAAGGACUCUACUCUCGUUUCGACGAGGAGCGAAAGAAGUGGGACGCCGCAUCUGCUGCCAAACAGGACCAGGUCUUGCGUCUGGUCUCCAGCACCCUCUCUGACAACGUGGAGAAGAAUUUGGCUCGUAUCGUUUCCAACAGCAUUCAGACUGAGGUGGUUCCUGCUCUCACUGAUGUCACUUCUGCUGCCGUUGGCAAGCAGUUGAACGAGAUUGUGGCCCAGCAACUGGGAGGCGUGGUUCCUCGAGUGGUGCGCCAGGCCCUGCCUGAAGCGGUCAGUCGUGCUGUGCAGCAGCCUGAUGUGAUGAAAGUUUUGUCGGAUACUGUGACACAAAAGCUGGGGUCUCAAGUUGAAAACGAGGUGUCCAAGGCCUUGAAUAACACGAUCAGUCCCGCAGUUAAGAACAUUACUCUGCGCGCUGCGGAGAAGAUCGGAACAGACAUGGAGAAACAGGUGCAGGCACAGAUGAAACAGUACGAGAUCCAGCGCCACAACGACUCCGCCAAGAUAGACCAGUUGACAUCCCUCGUUCGCGGCUUGUCUGACACGGUCGCUGCGAUGGCUGCGACGCAGACAGGCUUCCAGAACGAGGUUCUUCGCCUUAAUCACGUCUUCAACACCCGCCCUAACGGAGAAUCUUCUGGCCCUCACAGCGCUCGGCCGUCGUUGACCAACAUUCCUGCUAUUCCUACUCCUGUCGCCCCCGCUGUCCCUGUUGAGACCUCGGAGGACAUGGAGUUGGCCGAGGUUGCUCAGUUGAUGAGCCAGGGACGGUUCGAGGAGGGUUCCGUCAAGUGGCUCCAAUCUAGCCAGCAGGCCGAUCUGUUCGACAACCUAUUUGUGCGCCUCAACCCCUCUUACCUGACUGGCCUCUCGCCGAUCGUGGCUUUGUCGGUUGGUGUUGCUGUGACCUCGUCGCUGGAGACCAACGUGAUGGAGCGUCUGUCAUGGUUGGACGUUGUUCUUCACACUGUUGACUUGAGGGAUGCCGACAUUCGCGAAGUCGCUCCCAAGAUUAUGGACAUUUUGACCCAGCGUCUGGAAAGCUUGUACAUGAACGUUGCUCAGACUAACCCGCACGAUCCCGUCAUUCGCCGUAUCGCGCCGCUUUCGCGCCGUGCCCGAGAGCUGCGUGUUUUUUGA